UCCCCCUAUUUUCUUAUAAAUAUUAAGGAAUAAAAAUUAAGUUAAAUAAAAAACAGGUUUUCUUUUGUAAAGUAUUCCAAUAGACUAGUAAUAUCCUAUUAUUGAAUCUACAUUCUAGAUUGUGGCUAUGGAUCUGGAACACAAUCAGUCAACAGAUUACUAUUAUGAGGAAAAUGAAGUAAAUGGCACUCAGGAUUACAGUCAGUAUGAAAUACUCUGUGUAAAAGAGGAGGUCAGAAAUUUUGCCAAGGUAUUCCUGCCUACCUUUUACACAGUGGCCUUUAUUGCUGGAAUUGCAGGGAACUCCACGGUAGUAGCUAUCUAUGCCUACUACAAGAAGCAGAAAACCAAGACUGAUGUGUAUAUCAUGAAUCUGGCAGUAGCAGAUUUGCUUCUGCUCAUCACUUUGCCAUUUUGGGCAGUGAAUGCAGUGCAUGGAUGGGUGCUGGGGAUACCAAUGUGCAAACUGACUUCAGCUUUGUUCACCAUAAACUUUGUCUCUGGAAUGCAGUUUCUGGCCUGCAUCAGCAUAGACAGAUACUCUGCCAUAACUGAAGUCCCGGCUCAUCAAAGACUUGGAAGACCGUGUUGGAUUAUUUGUUUGGGCGUUUGGCUCAUUGCGAUAUUGCUGAGCAUACCUCAACUUGUUUUUAAUACAGUCAAUGACAAGAAGAGAUGCCUGCCUAUAUUCUCCCACCACCUAGGCACAACAAUUCAGGCGUCCAUUCAGAUCCUGGAAAUCUGCAUUGGGUUUGUAUUACCCUUUCUCAUAAUGGGAAUUUGCUAUUCUGUAACUGCCAGGAAACUCAUCAAGAUGCCCAAUGUGAAGAAAUCUCGGCCUCUGCAGGUUCUACUGGCAGUGGUGGCUGUCUUCAUAGUCACUCAGCUGCCAUACAACAUAGUCAAGUUCUGGCAAGCCAUAGACACCAUCUAUUCUCUGAUUAUUGACUGUGAAAUGAGCAAGCGCAUGGAUGUGGCCAUACAAAUCACAAAAAGCUUGGCGCUUUUUCAUAGCUGUCUCAACCCAAUCCUAUAUGCUUUUAUGGGCUCCUCUUUUAAAAUGCACAUUACCAAAAUGGUGAAGAAAUAUGGCUACUGGAGAAGACAGAGACCAAAUCCAGAAGAUAUUCCCUUUGAUUCGGAAGGUCACACAGAGCCAACCAGUACUUUUAGUAUCUAGCAGGCAAAAUGAUCUUUGUUUAAAGGGGUGCAUGAUGCUGCUCAAUGUAUUCCAACAUGGGAGAACACAUAUAUACUUAUCAGAGACUCAAAUUUCAGUGUGGGACACUAAGACCUAUGUCUAGACAAGACGGUUUUGUGUUUUGAAGCAAAACAUAGCAUAAACAUAUAAGCCAAGUUCCCCUUUGUGACAUCCAAAAGUCCAGCAGUACACUAAAUAAAUUAAAACAAUAACAACAACUACCAGAGGAGGAAAGGAAGAAAUCCCUACAGAAAACCAAACAGAGACCUUGUAAAUGAACAAGCAAAGAAAACUCCUACGGUAAUAAAAGAGACAUCAUAGAGUAAGAGAAUGCUAAGAGAAAUCUCUAAAUGUAGGGAAUAAUUCUGCAGAGGACUAGAAUCACAGAAAGGGAAACAAUACAUAGACAACAACAUUAAGAAUUGUUGGAAGGCCUAGUAAAAGAAUCAAGGGAAGAUAUAAAGAAUGAAAUUAAGGCUCUCAAUGAAAAACUCAAAAUGAGAAUGGAUGGCUUGGAACAGAAGAUGGAAAAUCUUUGCCAAGCAGGAGAUACCUAGAAAAAAGAAAAGAGGGGACAGGGUUCAAAAUUUCUAAGAUGUAACAGUUAUUAUAGUGAAGUUAAAAUCUUUUCUGUGAAGUGAGAUCUCUUCAAUCAAAUACAAAAAACCUACACAUUCUCCAGAAAAGCACAACACUAACAAAGAGAAAAACUAUGAUACCUUAAUAUAGUCAAUGCAGCAGAAAAGGGGAUUUACUCAUUACAUAGAACCAACCAAAUGAACAAACAAAAGCCUUAAGAAAAUAAGAAAAGCUAAUAGAAACUUAUCCAGGAACAAAAUCAGGAGUAGGAGGAAUGACAGUUAAAUAUAAAAUGCUGAGGUCAGCAAAGGUGGACACUAAGAAGACUGCAAGCACUGAGGGGAACAUAGCCAGAGGACUCAAAUAAAUAAAGGCAAGCCCAGAGCUGGGCAGCCUUUAACCUCCCAUAGUCUCUGAGAGCUCUAGCCUGGAAGACCCAGGACAGUCAAUCAUACCCUGUCCCACAGGACCAGAAGACCUCAGUGCUAUAAUGAGGUAUCCACAGCUGGGGUAUAAGCACUCUAGAAACAUGGAUUAGGAAGGGAACCAGAAAAAGAGGCAAACCUCCUUUUUAGGAGAUUAAUCCACAUAAAUCAAACUCUCAGUAUUUGUAGCUACAGACAUUGCCGUACCAUUGUCAGCCUUGAAAAAUCUCAGCAUUCUGUACAAGGAAGAUGUAGGUGAGCUUGAGACCUAUUGGCCCAUGUAUAUGAGAUGAGUGUGAUCUACAAUGAUUUUACAAAUAAAAAUCAGAUGGCUUACAGUUCCAUCCAAGUAUGUUGGAGCAGUCAGACUCUAACCCCGACAAAAGUCCUAGUUUAGGAAGGAAAGUUUGAAAUAUGAAUAAAUAGAAGAAAAUAUUUACAACAAAAGACAAACAUAUAUAAAUAAAACACCCAGGGACAUUCACUUUAAAGCCUAAUGGAAAAGACUAAUUUUACAAUGCCAACAGAUAGGCAAGUGUCUCAGAUAGAGUUAUGCUUGCCCACAAAGUCUAUUAGAAUUUCUGGCAGAGAUGAAACAAGAAAUGGGAUAUUAUAAAUUAAAUUAGAAUUUAAGAGGAAAGAAUUGGAAGAAGAAUGAACAGCUCG